AUGGAACCUACCUCCUAUGAGAGAUGGGAAAAGAACAGAGGGCUAUGGAUGGAGAUUACUGAUGGGGUCCUUGUUUCAUAUCUUGAGAGGCUUCAUGACAAUGAUCCGAAAGUGACAGAGGAUUUUGUGAAUGGUUUGGAGAAAGGCAUCCUCACGACGUUUGGAGUGGAGUUUAGAAUUGAUGAAACCUUCGUCAUGGAGAUAUCUUCUUUGCAGAUGGAAGGCAACAAUUUCUAUAGAGAAAGGAAGGUGGUGAAAGAAGCCAUUGCGGCUUUCGUUGACAAAGAUAGCGAGAGGAAAUGGGUGAAAAAUAUGAAGGACGACGACUAUAACAGGAAGGAACUGAAAUUACUUUGGGUGGAGAUGGCCGCAGUGAUUAUGAGGUUUGGCCACUGUUUCCGUGGUUGUUAUGUCAUUGGUUACAGACUAGUUAGUGACUUCUUAUAUCAAUUCUGUUCAGAAGCAGCAACAUCUAAUCCGGAGUACCCAUAUUCGUUUAUGACAGCAGAUGCUCAAAAGGCAGCUUCAAGAUCAUAUGAUUACAUUGUGGUUGGAGGAGGUACAGCGGGAUGUCCCCUGGCAGCAACUCUCUCACAGCACUACUCUGUUUUAGUAUUGGAGAGGGGAGACUCUCCUUACGGAAUUCCCGAUGUGGAGGAUUUCAGAGGGUCUCCCACAACUAAUCCCAAAGUAGCGCAGGGGUUUGUCUCAGAAGAUGGAGUGCAGUUGGUACGGGCGAGAGUUUUAGGAGGCGGAUCAGCCAUCAACGGUGGAGUCUACAGCAGGGCGAGCACUGAAUAUAUUCGGAAAAUAAAGUGGGAUGAGAAACUUGUAUAUGAGUCAUAUGAAUGGGUAGAACGGUUGAAUGCCUUCCAACAAUACAAGCUUUCUACUUGGAAUUCUGCUACCAAGGAUGGGCUUCUUCAAGCUGGAGUUCUUCCUUACAACGGCCACACUUUCGAUCAUUUGGUUGGCACCAAGAUCAGUGGCUCAAUCUUUGACGAGAAUGGAAAGAGACAUACAGCCGCAGAUCUACUCCAGUAUGCAAAUCCAGAAAAUAUUGUAGUUCUUCUCAAUGCUACUGCCAGCAGAAUACUCUUCAGUUUGGGAUCAGGAAAGCCAAAGGCUAGCGGAGUGGAGUUCAGAAGCAAUAAUGAUGGUCUCAUUUAUCAAAUUUCACUUAACCAAUUGUCAAUAAAUAGUGAGGUGAUUUUGUCAGCAGGAAGCAUAGGUAGCACUCAACUUCUCCUCUUAAGCGGAAUUGGUCCAAAAAGACAACUCAAAGAAAUGAAUAUUCCUGCUCUUUUAGAUUCACCUUUUGUAGGUAAACAAGUUCAAGAUAAUCCUAGUGCAGCCUUUACUAUAGUAUCCUCGAAACCACUUGAAGAUUCUUAUUCACAAUUAGCGGGCAUUUUAGACAAUUCCCAAAAUUACAUCGAAAGUGGUAGCCUUGUCCAACGGAAUAAUGGUACAAAUACACAAUAUUUAGGUGUUCUUGAUAUUAAGUUGGCAUUUCCCUUAUCAAGGGGUGAUCUUUGGCUUAAAAGCGUAGACCCUCGAGAUAACCCCUAUGUUCGUUACAACUACUAUUCACACUCUCUUGAUCUACAAAGAUGUGUGAAAGGUAUAAAAGUAAUGGUUAAUCUGAGUAUGUCAUCUUCUAUCCAAGAGUUUGCAUUUACUGAUAGUGGAAAUUCCAAAACACUCCAAUUCCUUGGAAUAGCAUUACCAAAGAAUCAAUCAAAUGAUGAUGCCUUGGCGAAGCUUUGCAAAGAGGCACUAGGGACAUUUAACCAUUAUCAUGGAGGUUGUCAAGCUGGUUUAGUGGUUAAUGAAAGAUAUCUGGUGAAAGGUGUUGAUAAUCUCAGAGUUGUGGAUGGCUCAAUUUAUAAGGAUUCCCCUGGUACCAACCCACAAGCCACAACCAUGAUGCUUGGAAGGUAUAUGGGAAUUCAUAUCCUUCAAGAACGCACAAUCUCUUAA